CCCAGGCAUGUGCUCUGAACAGGAAUUGAACCAUGACCUCCUGGUUCCUAUGUUGACGCUCAAUCACUGAUCCACGUCAGCUGGGCUAGUUUUUAAAAUGCUGAACAAUGCACACCUACCACAGCUGGCCUCCAACACCAUUCACCCACAAAGAAAAGGCAAAUGAGAAGUCAAAGGAACAAAUAACCCAGCUUGAAACCGGGUCUGCCUGAUACCCUCUAUCUCCUGAAUUGACUAGUUGAUCUUGGUAAUUCGACCUGAAACCACCAGCACCAGAUUGGCUCCUCACAUUUCCUUCUCUCUGGUUGUCCCAGUUAAUACAAGUAAUUCCAGGUGUCCGGCCUUCAGGUAUGGCCCCGGCUUGCUCCAUGCGCCUCCUCUGCCCUCUCUGAGGAGGCGCCCCGAGCCCAGGUUUGUUCAAUCAUCUUAGAAAAGGGAAGAGUGGGGAUUUGACAGGGUAUCCCACUCCCAGUAGUCACUCUCCCAUUCUGUGUGUAGGCAGUACUUUAGCUGCUACUAAAGAAAGUUUACCGGGGCGGGGCCUUGGAGAAAUCGCAAAGGACCCAGGCUGUGUGACUGCGGGCUAGCCCUUUGCCCUCUCUGAGGCUCCAUACUCUGAUCAGUAAAACUGUAGAACGAGGGGACUGCUCUGUGGAAAUAUAACCGGACAAUCAAAGGGUCUGGGCUGCCUGUCACUACUUGAACCAAUUAAGCAGAGACAGGGUUGAAUCAUAUAUGAGUGUUUAUUCCAGGAUGGGAGAGCAGCAAGUCAUCCACAAAAAUCUGCUACCUUUCCCCAUAAACCAGCUGCUUAUAUUGGAUAGAAGGGCAAAGAUUACGUGCGAAAGUAAGAAUUACAGGCCUGGGGAAGCAGGCAAGGUCUCAUGGUUACAGGCAAGAGGGCUGGGGGCUGCAAAGAGCGGGUGCCUCCGGGACUAGGUUGCUUCAGCCAGGAGGCUGUAAAUCUUUCCGUAGUGAUCGAAGUUCUCGGGAAAGGAGUAUGGCCUGCCUUCCCAUGCCAGCUCCCAUGUCCCAGGGCAAACAGCUCUCAGCCAGGUUGGAAUGUGCUUUCUCUAAUCGGAACAGAACUAUUAUGGUAAACAGAGCAUGAUUCGUAUUUCUUGUCAUUGUAGCUGGUCCCCCCUGUUCUACUCUGCCCCUAACAAAGCAUUGAACUAGGAGGGAAGGCCAGGAAGCCCCUCUUCGGCCAUUUGGUGCUCUUCUUAUCAUUACAAAUUAGCCACAGGCCACAGGUGUGCUGUAACCGCUGCUUCCCAGCACCUGAGUCUGUAAAAGGGAGACGAAACCACUUCACAGAGUUGCUGGACCAAUUAUGUGAGCGAAUGCCUGGCUGUGCCCUCUACCCCGAAUUAUUGUUUCUCACUACUCCACUGCUCAGAGUUUGGGCAGGUGGGGCCAAUAACCCAGUCUCCUUUCAGACGUGGUGGUGGCCUCAGGAGGUUCUGGCUGUGACAGGGCUGUGACCGAGUGAGUGUCAGGACGGAGCCCCGUCUGGCAGACCACUCAGUGGCCUGGGCCUGGCUCGCCCCCACCCAGGGAAGUGGAGAACCUGGGGGGGGCAGGGCUGGAAUGGCCUGGGUGUGCUUGGGUGGUGGGGUGACUGCAGCCACCAAGGGCGACAGGCAGCUGCGCAGGCCCUGAGCCCCCACUCACCACGGGAGGAAGGCAUUCGGGAAGUGCUCUCAGCCACUCAGACAUCUUGGAGCCUGGGCCCAGGCUGGACCAAGGCGGCAGCACCAGGGUUGGGCAUGCCAUGACCUGGCUCCCGGGGUGGCUGCCAGGUCAGGAGACCAUGGAACCACAUACAGUCAGAGCUGUUGUUCCAGACAAGCCCAGGGCGUCGCCAGAGGGCCGGGUUGGCAAGGCUCCCUGUGAGCAGCCUUCUGCCCCCUCCUCCCAGCUCCUCCGAGUUCGGGAGACUUGAGCGCACAUCUUUCAGGUCAGCGUUUCUUCCAGAGACGCCCAGUGGAGUUGACCGCAGCUCUCAGAAGCCUGGACAGGCUGAGGAAACAGUGACAGAGGCCGGAGCAGUGCCAUGCAGAGCGCCCCACGGUCUCGAGGGGGCACUACCCAGGACCCCACACCAGUAUCUUCUUAGAAGACCACAGGGACCCGCCUGGCUGGAAGAGCUACCAAGAGCCCCGGUUCGAAUGGGGAGCUAAGGCUUCCUUCCAGCUGCACCCAGUUGCUCAGUGCACCAGCUGCUACCGGGGCCAUGGAGACGGCGGUGAUUGGCAUGGUGGCCGUGCUGUUUGUGGUCACCGUGGCCAUCACCUGCAUCCUCUGCUGCUUCAGCUGUGACUCGAAGGCCCCGGAUCCUCAGGGGGGCCCUGGCCGCAGCUUCACAGUGGCCACGUUUCACCAGGAGGCUUCUCUCUUCACGGGGCCGGCUCGCCAUGCCCAGGCAGUGGCGGGUGCCCGGGACUUCUGGACCUUCAUGUGAGGCCUCACAGCCCCCAGGAUUUGCUCUGCUGGUGGGUCAGACUCACCCCCCAACAAGCCUUCCCUGAUGUCCCACUCCUCCAAGUCUGGCAUUCCUGCCCUUCCCUGCCUGUGUCCAGCAAUCUCCCUGUUGCAUCCCAUCCCAGAUAGCUGUGCCCUGUGGCCCAGGAGAUCCACCCUGAUGGGACCCGGUGGAGUCAGCCCUGACCCCCAAGAGCUCCACUGGACCCCGCCCACAGGAUGGGGCUUAGGAGAGGUCUGAAGAGUGAGUGAGCAAACGGUGUUGGACUGCACGGUGGGCCAUCUCUUCUGAUCGACAGGGGAACUGGAAUCUAUCGGAAGCAGAUUCUGUUAACUCAGGUUUAUCCCAGGAUGCCUACAAACUGGUUCUAUUGCCACCAGAGGAAGCAGCGCCCUCAAGUGGACGCUUCGUACAAACCACUUCUUGCCUGCUCCCCUCGCUGAGCCUUUUUGCUACUUGCCUGUGCAGAUCCCACAGAGCCCAGCCUUGAGGCCAGCCCCUGCCAGUUGCCUGAAAUCAGCCCUGCCAUGCUGAAACCGAAGGGCUACGCGUGAUUUAUUUUAUAAUUGAAGAUGUAUAUCCUUUUAUGGGUCUCCCAAGAGUCGGGGUUGGAAAACCACAAAAGGAAGCAGAAGAGAAAGCCAGAGUCACGGAAAGGACGAGAGGUUUGCUAACAGGAAAGCCAGAAAGAAGACUUGGAAGCCUGUUUUGAGAGCGACUUUAUUCCUCUUUUCUUAGUGGUCACUUCCAUUCGUAGAGAAUGUGAGUGAUUUGAGCCCGGAAUGACAGAACAUCAGGAACUCAACGACAAUGCCAAUGCCAGAUAAGCUAAAGUGUUACACUGAGAGCAUGUAACAGCGCUCUUGUUUCCGUCACAAAGAACGGCUCAGAUCUUUUUCUUAGAAAAUCUGUUUUCUCUGUACCCACGAAAUAAAUGCUGUGUCAUACUUA